GAUGGGAGAGUAGAAGCGCGCAAAUGGAGGAGACGGAUUCUCCAGCGAAGACAUGGGGAGACGUGAUUACAUCGUCUUGGCGCCGGAAAUCCUCGACUGAAGCUAAGGCCGAGGCUGAACCAAGUGAGUCUGAAUCGACAAGCCAAGAACAAAUCACAAGCAAUGAAGCUGGAGGAGGAGAUAUCCGUGAUUCUGCGAGUAAGUCCCUGCAAGAAGAAAAAGAGAACGAAGAUAAAGCGGGGGAGAGUGGAGAAGCUCCAGCAAAAACAUGGGGAGACAUGAUCUAUCCUUCGACUUGGAGACGUAAAUCUAGAGACGACUCGGAGCUUACGAAAGAAGUGUUACAAGAGGAGCCCAUUCCAAAAAACCGGCCACGUGAUGAGAAACUCAAGGGGAAAUCCGAUGGCACCAAAGAUGCGAACCAGGUGCCUGCGAAAACGUGGGGAGAGAUGAUCCAUCCCGCUCUUGCUUGGAGGAGGAAGUCCAAAGAUGGUACUGAGCCAAGUGAAGCUGUGGAAGCAGCAGCGCAAGAAAUUGAUGACUUAGAGCUCAAAGAAACUAGUGACGAUGUUCCUCGAGCAGCAGAAGGCACGCUUACUGCUGUAGCAGCAAGCAUAAAGAGAAGCAUUGCUGGCAUGAGUCGAUGGAGCAUGGCAGAUCUUACGCUGGGUCUGUAUAAAUUGUCUGGUCGACAUGCUCUUGAGGGUGCUGCUGACACCAUCAAUGGCUCCCGUGUUUCGUCUUUGGAAGAGCUUCUAGAGAUCCAACAUUGGUUUGGGUGGGCGUUUGCUGCCUAUAAGAAAAGCAAGGAGAAGCUUGCCAAAGACUUGAAGAUAGAAGAGACGCAAAUUAUUAAGCAUGUCUUUACUUCUGGAGUUUUAAAGCCUGCGUAUUUUAUUGCUGUUGAUAAUGUUAGACAUUGUGUAGUGAUCAGCAUCCGGGGAACUUUGGCUGCUACAGAUGUUUUGACCGAUUUGAAUCCUCACAGUGAGAAAUUUGAGGGUGGAUAUGCUCAUUCCGGAAUGCUUGCUGCAGCUCGCUGGCUUAUGGAUAAUGAAACUACUUGUUUGAGAGAUCUUCUUGUGGCAAAUCCGGAGUACCGUUUUGUUCUUGUCGGGCAUUCCCUGGGUGCUGGAACAGCCGCAUUGCUUUGCAUGCUCUUGCGGGACUGUGAUGGUGGAAGCGUAGGACCUCUUUCGAGGCUUGGCAUACCUCCUUCGUGGAUUACAUGCUGGGGUUAUGGAUGCCCUCCUUGCGUCGAUAAGAGGCUAGCUGAAGAAGCGGGUUUCAUCAGGAACAUUGUUCUUCAGGACGAUGUCGUUGCUCGAAUAAGUCCUGGAGCUCUAGAAGACUUGCGAUCCGAAAUAUUGGGAACAGACUGGAGCCAGGCAUUUAAAGAUGGUAGCAAAGGGAAGAAAAUGUUGGAGCUGGCUCAGGGGACACUGCCAGGCGUGGCAAUGAAAUAUGGCCAGGCUGCCUUGGUGGUAGCAAGGUCAGGGGCUCUGGCCGGGACGAAGAUACACAAAGCUGCAAACUGGUUCACAGUUGGAAUGGCGGCAGCGGAGCUUCUGCGCUCGGCUUCGACAUAUAGAGGAGUGUCCACGACUGAAAACGGAGACGUAGAUGAUGACGUCGACGAGAAAGAUUCUGAAGUCGCAGCGGCAACCUUGGCAGCAAAUGUGGCUGAGACAGUAAAAGACCCGAAGGAAGCCAUGGAAAUGGAGAGACUCUACGUGCCGGGACUUCUCUAUCACAUUCUUCGCAAGCCACUCCAGCCCGAGCUAUUACUUGAAUCGGCAUUGCCAGCAGCAGCAUCAUCAGACGAUGAAAAUCAAAGGAGUGAGAGUCAAGAGACAAGCCGAAGAGCUAGCAAGAGCUCUCCCAAGCAAAAGACGAAGCAGCCCCAGUUCCAACACAUUGUUGUUCGCGGUGACGAUCCAACGUCGAGGUUUAAGAGGAUUGUGCUGUCCAGCACACUCUUGUCCGACCAUGGCUGCCAUCAGUACAAGGAAAGCAUUCAGGAUGCAGUUACAUGGAUAGAGAGCGAGUGAUUCUCGUGCGAUUAUAUAUAAGCGAUUCAGUGAUUUAUAAAUCAAUACCAAUGUUUGUGACGUUAACAAUA